GAAAAGAUCGUAAUACUUCAUUUUAUUUUCUGUUUUCAGGACUGUCGUCUUGGUGAAAACCAAGGAAGAAAGAUGGAGUGUGUUUACAUUAAACAGGAGGAGAUUCUGGAAGUGGUACCUAUCUGCAUUAAAGAAGAGGAGACUGAACUGGAGCCUGUCCACAUUGAAGAAGAGGAGACUGAACUGGAGCCUGUCCACAUUAAAGAAGAGGAGACUGAACUGGAGCCUGUCCACAUUAAAGAAGAGGAGACUGAACUGGAUCCUGUCCACAUUGAAGAGGAGUCUAUUGACUUGUUUAAGGAUUCAGAAAACAUUUCCCAUCCAAAGAUAUCACAUCAGUGUACUGACUGUGGGAAGAGCUUCAGUCAGUUAGGAAGCUUAAAAAUACACUACCGAGUUCACACUGGAGAAAAGCCGUAUCGCUGUUCUGAAUGUGGGGAGUGUUUCAGUGUGUCAGGAAGCCUAAAAACACACCUGCGAAUUCACACUGGAGAGAAGCCGUACCACUGUACUGAAUGUGGGGUGAGUUUCAGUGUGUCAGGAAGCCUAAAAACACACCAGCGAAUUCACACUGGAGAGAAGCCAUAUCACUGUUCUGAAUGCGGGGAGAGCUUCAGUCGGAUAGGAAGCCUAAAAAGACACCAACAAAUUCACACUGGAGAGAAGCCGUAUCUCUGUAUUGAAUGUGGGGAAAGUUUUAGUCAAUUAGGAAACCUAAAAACACACCAGCGAAUUCACACUGGAGAGAAGCCAUAUCACUGUUUUGAAUGCGGGGAGCGUUUUAGUCAGUUAGGAAACCUAAAAACACACCAGCGAAUUCACACUGGAGAGAAGCCAUAUCACUGUUUUGACUGUGGGGAGAGCUUCAGUCGUUUAGGAAGCUUAAACAAACACCGGCAAAUUCACUCUGGAGCCAGCUUCCCUCCCUCCCAGUCCCUUACCUCUCCACAAUGCUUUUUUGAGUAGAGUGCGCACCCGUUCUAAUGCACCUCAUUAUAGUGUGGAAUUGGUUACAACACGGUAGGGUUGUGGCUCCCAUUUGCUCCAUAAUGCCGUUACAGUAGCCCUUUUUUAGUCAUGGAACACAAAUAGCGUGGUCUUGUAACUAUAGCUCCCCACUGUAGCAUUAUAAAGGGGGAGCACUGUAUGCAGAGCUGUUUCCUUGUCUCUCUCUCUCCCUGUAAGAAGUGAUGGGGGUCCUCAGGAGUGAGAGCCAGCCUCAAUCCAGAGACACUGAGAAGGGGAGCAUGUUAAACUGAAGGAGACAGACCCAUUCUUUCACAGUGAACUGGGAUCAGCUCCACUCCUGCCCCUAAAUUGGAAAUGAAUCUCACUCAUCAUGCUGUGAGGAUUUAGGACAAUGUUACAGGGUCGUUCUACUUAGAAGGGACACAUUGGAAAUGUAUGUCAAGCUUUUCUCUGAACACUUACGUGUGUGAGACGAACUCAACACAUUAACAAAGCUUUAUCUAACUAGAACUAGAAUGGCCUCUAAGCUAUUGCACCAGUGCAAACACAAACUGAAACAACUUUUUUGGUUUUGAAUGCAUUUGAAUGAAUGAAUCUGCUUUGCUGAGUGUUUAAAUACCGAGAAACGUUGUAUACUGAAGCUCUGCUUCAGUGCAAUGGGAUUGAAAUACAAUUCCUAUCACUUUUUAAUGAGUAGAUUACUGUAUGUAUAAUUGACAGACCCGCAAUAGAGCUGUAUAAAUAUACAGUAAAACAAUUCUCCAAUUUUACAUUUGUUACAAAUCGGCAAAACACACAUGCUGCAGCAUUCCUGUUAUCACUACAUUCAUAGUUUAUUCAGUUUUGAAUAAUUGAUCUGAACAAUCUGCAGAAUGAAGUUGCCUCAGACUGUUUGACAGUAACAGAGCUACUGCUUUUAUGGAAUCACCAUUAGCUGUUUAUUCCUUUUGGGCAAAAUAUGGCUUGUUUGCUUGUAUGGUGUAUUAGUAUGCUUUUAGAGUGAUAAUACAGUACAUCCUAACGUUAGCUUAGAUAUUUAGAAAGGGUUUCAUUGACACUGAGUUUGAGUUCCUGUAUGUUUUCCAGUAUCUCUGUAUAUAAAGGGUGUGAGAAAGUCAUAGUUGUAAUUGAAUGUUCUUUGUAAAAUGAUAUUUCAAAACUUAAACUGUGAGACUUUAGAUGAUGUGAUGUUAGUUAAGUUGGUCUUCCCCAUUCCUUUCACCUUAACAUUCUCUAGAUCUACUUCAAAGGACUAGAUCAGUGUUUUUCAACCUUUUUCGUAACAACACCUCCUAAGGAUCAGCUGAGCUUAGUCAUUGCCCCUUUCCCACAGAAAAUAAAAUCAAUCAGAACCUUUUAAACACUGAUGGAAUGUAUCUACAAGUCUCAAGCAACUCUACAUUCCAACUUAAUACUAAAGGCAAUUGAAACUGCUUCCGAACUGAACUUGAAACAAAAAUGCAGUCCUCAUUCCAACCAGCACAACAGAUGCUGCUUAACAGUCUCUGUGUGUAAUGUGUGUGAGUCCUGCGUGCUUCCGAAAAUGUGUGUUUAAAAGUUUUACUUCUGUUUGUGUCUAUACUUAACCUGCUAAACCCCCAGCCUCCCACAGGCAGUUUCUGCCUGGAGGGUAUGACCGUAAAUAAAUCACAUUAUCUUCCAAAGUAUAGACAGCA